GGGUUCGCUGAAAGACCCAACCUGAAGCUGAACCUGAAGCGAAACGAAACUUGGUGUUACUGGCUCCCAGAUAGAGCUCUGCAGUAUGGAGUUUAUCACAGAUAUCACAGUAAUCAUUGAUGAAGCUUAUUACAAAGAAGACCCUGAAGUAUUGAAGAUUCUUCAGCCUUACAGUAAUAAGAGAAAAGAUUCCUGCUAUGAAGUGAGAGGAACCUUUGAGGAACUGGACAACCUUUCAAAGAAACUUUUAGAACUGAGGCCUGACUCCAGCCCAAACACUCAUGGACAAGAUGGCCGUGCUUCAACUCCUAUCAAACCCGUGGAUGUAUCUGGAGUUGUUAUGGCUUACAUUGAGCAAAAAUGUGCCAAAGAACUUAACAAAAUUCUAGGGAACAGUUUUGUGAUUGAAACCCAUCCUGACCCCAGAACAGUACACAGUAAACCCAGCAGCACAGUGCAGGUGACCUUCAGACCACGCCAGGUCCCCAUAAAUCCUGUUCAUGGGGACUUUGUCAGACAGCGAUUCAUCACAUUCUACCAGAGAACCGCCUCUGACCUGCAGGUUACGUCUGUCCCUGUGAGUGCACAGGACCACAAAGACCUGCAGAGGAGAUUUCCACAGCUCCUCUUCAAAGCCAGCCGCAACAGAUGUACAGCGACGGGGCCUUUUGUGCACAUUGCUAAAUUAAAAGAGUUCCUUUUACAAAAUACACAAAGCUCAUUCAAGAGUCCGGUGAAUAAAGGCCCAGUAGACACUCCAAGCGGCAGAACCUCAGGUCCUGCUAAAGAUCCUGAAGAUGAGUCAUGUCCAAUCUGUAUGGAACCAAUGGUAACAACAGACAAAGAGACUCUGCGGUGCAAGCACUCGUUCUGCAGGAAGUGUCUACAAACAGCUUUUCAAUACAAACCUGUAUGUCCGACAUGUGGAGCGCUAUACGGCAUUUUGACAGGGACGCAACCUGCUGGAGGCACAAUGAAGGCCACUAACAGCUCCUCAUCUUUGCCUGGAUAUGAGAGAUAUGGAACAAUAACCAUCCAUUAUUACAUUCCAAGUGGCAUCCAAAAGGAGGGGCAUCCAAACCCCGGGCAGCCGUAUGAAGGUGUAUCCCGCACAGCCUAUCUCCCAGACUCCUCAGAGGGCAGAAGGAUCCUGAAACUGCUGAAGCAAGCCUUUAAUCAGAGACUCAUCUUCACUGUUGGUCAGUCCACCACCAGUGGCAGGAGCAACACGGUGACAUGGAAUGAUAUUCACCACAAGACCUCAACACACGGAGGACCAACUCACUAUGGAUACCCAGAUCUGGAUUAUCUCAGCCGAGUUCGAGAUGAACUGAAAGUCAAGGGAAUUGAAUGAAUCACUUUGUCAACACGUGAACGUAGAGCUAAGAUGACACGACGUUAGAGUAGCUGGAAGGGGUAAUGGCAAAGUGGACUACAAACUAGUAGGGAUAAUGAAUGUCAUUUUGACACCAUUUGAUGUUCCACAAAUAAUUAUACCAUCUCACAUUAGUUUACCAUAGAUUUAAAGGUCUUUUUUUCAGUUUUAAAUAUUAUAUUUUUAUUUUUUGCCUUGUAUAUGUAUGAAAUCACUACAUAUGGAACAACUGAUUUGAAAGUGACCUGAGAUUAAUAAUAAGGAUGUAACUGGAUCAAAUACAAAUAAUAAAUUAGAUUUACAGCCCUGUGUUAGAUAAAGUGGGACAGGCCACUUCAGGUUGAGUGGGACAUGCUAGUAAGCACAGUGCAGCAUUUUUUAGAUUUAAAAGCAGAUUUAAAAGUUGUUGGUAAGAAGGAUGUAUCUGACUAUCAAAUUUCAGGUUGGUAAUUUCUUAAAUCCACUAGGCUCCACAAAAGAUGGCACCCAUACAAAGAAAAGAGGAACAGAAAGAGAGGAGUGAGUGAAAGGGGGACAGGGGCAUACGGAGAAGGUAAGGACAACGACGUAGGAAGGGAAAUAAACUCAGUGGAGCGAAGAGAGAAUGGGAGUGGACGUUGAGGAAUACUAUGUGACUGAAGGACAGGAACCUAACCUGACAUGGACAUAACAAAAGCGAGUGAAAGGGCUGCUGAGAGACCAUGCAUCAGGUAAAAGCCCCCAAUCGUUUCAGAAAUGCAUUUAGAAACUUACUUACAUAGCCUAGUAUUAAUAAACUGAAGACAUUUAGGCUACUCGCAAA